AGCAUGUGGUGGCGCCGUCACCCGGGCUGGCGCUGGCGGGCGGCGCUGCUGCUGGCGCUGGCGGCGCUGCUGGCGCUGCGCGUGCCCGCCGCCAGCGAGCUGGCCGCGGAGCUGCGCGCGCCGCCGCAAAAGCUCGCCGCGCACCUCGCCGACUUCAACAGCCUGCGGUCGCUCUACCCACAUAUCAGCUCGUCCUGGAAGCUGGAAUCCCAAUGGAGCAACUACACGUCGUGGCGCUACUCGCUGUCGUUCUCGUGCGGCGCGCGGUGCGCGGGCGCGGCGCACGUGCGCGCGCACGACGAGUACGCGGCCGGCCCGGCGCACGGCUCGGCGCAGGCGCACAGGGGGGACUUCACUAUACAGACGUGCCGCACUCUGCCGCUCUUCUCCUGGCCUGAUUUCUGUGAGGAGCUGGAAGUGGAGUGGUUCGUGAGCGGCGGGAAGGGGGAGGAGGAGGGCGCGGCGCGGUACGUGGAGCGGGCGCGGAGUCGGCGCGCGCUCGGCGCGGCGCUGCUCGCCUGGCUCGGCGGCGGCGGCGGGCUGGCCGCCGCGCGCGCCGGCCAUCUGCGCGUGCUGCGGGAAACCUUCCACUGA